UCUUGAAUUGUGUAGAACAUGGUCCAUGGAACUAAAGGUGGACCUUCAUUUUCAACCCUUUUUUCAGCCUCGACUCUUCGCGUCUCCUUCUCCCCUCCACCAUUAACAAACCCAGCAACCCAACCCCUCUUUUUAUCUUCAAACUUCAAAAACCCUAAAACUUCAUCACUCUAAAUCUCCCUUAAACCCUUUAACCAAAAAGCCCUAAACUUUACCCCAAUUUUUCUAAUUCCAACAAUCAUACACACUACACUACUUCAUUAUACCAAAGACUCAAAACGUUCUUGCUGCUAUACAAACUUCUUUUGACUUUUAGGAUCUUUGUGGAUCCAUUUUCUUUUUUGGGUCUUUGGAAAAUCUUGCCCCCUCAAAAAUGGCUGCAAAUCGGAGAAAGGUUGGAGAUGAUCGGUUUUAUAGCCCACCGGCGAUGAGGAAGCAGCAAAAAAUGCAAGCCAAGUCAAGAAUUGAAGCGGAGAGUCGAGCUGAGUCUGAUGACGGAGCUUCGUCAACGGCGUCGUUUUCAUCGAUUCGAAUUGAGAAUUUGACUAAUUUCGAUCGGUUCUUGGAGCAUACCACUCCUAGGGUCCCCGCUCAAGUUUUGCCCAAGACAAUCAUGAGAGGGAUGAGGAAUCUUGACAAUGAUUCCUAUCCAUACUUCAUCUUGGGUGACCUUUGGGAGUCUUUUGGGGAAUGGAGUGCAUAUGGAGCAGGAGUUCCUCUGGUUUUAAAUCAGAGUGAUUGUGUUGUCCAGUAUUAUGUGCCAUAUUUGUCUGGGAUUCAACUUUAUACAGACCCUUCGAGACCCUCCAUCAAGCAAAGGAGACCAGGUGAAGAAAGUGAUGCUGAUUCUCUCAAGGAGACAACAAGUAGUGAUGACAGUAGUGAAUACGGAGCUGGAGCUUCAAGGGUAGCCAAUAAAGUUCAUGGAAGUUGGAAUCAGCAGAAUAUAGUUGCAUCAACUAUUGAUGGAAUCAAGCAUCUCUCCCUAAAAAAGGAUCCUUUGUUAGAAUCUUCAGGAGAUGAGAAUGAGAUGGGGAGUCCUGGUCUCCUUGUAUUUGAAUAUUUUGAGCGAAAUCAACCAUAUGGUCGUGAACCUUUAGCUGAUAAGAUUUCAGGCCUUGCAUCUAAAUUUCCAGAACUGAAGACGUAUAAGAGCUGUGAUCUGACUGCUGCAAGUUGGAUUUCUGUUGCUUGGUAUCCCAUUUAUAGGAUACCAACAGGACCAACAUUGCAAAAUCUUGAUGCUUGCUUUCUGACAUACCAUUCCCUCUCAACACCUUCUGGUGGUGUUCCUAGGACUGACUGGCCUCAACAGCAUGGAACUACUACUAGUAAAGGCAUCGUUGAUGCUGGUAUGUCUGCCAAGCUACCUCUCCCAAUCUUUGGGCUGGCCUCUUACAAAUUCCAACUAUCAUUUUGGUUCCCUGAUGGAGUUAAUGAAUGUCAGAAGGCCAACUCUCUGUUACGAGCUGCUGGCAAUUGGCUCCGGCUUUUGCAAGUUAAUCACCCUGACUAUAGUUUUUUUGAAUCGCAUAAUUCGUAUCGAAGGUGAAGCUUGUCUUAUUUUCUUUUAAGCAUAACAUCCCGAGAUGCUCGUCCGGCUGUACAAGCUUGUCACUGGGUAUAGCAAAACUAGACUUGAAAGUAGCCUUCUGUUUACACAAUACAAGCUUUUGUACUUUUAUUAGUUACCGUUAGAUGCAUGAGUGGUAAGGUACCCGGUAGGGCCAAGAGUGACUACGAAGGUUAUCAUCUUCACUGUUUCCUGUAGCACCUUGUAUACAUUGGAGCUUCCUGAAUCGACAGUGAGUUCCUGGAUAUGGUGUUCUGAUGACAGUCGCUUUGUCAAGCUUGCUCUAUUUCGACUUACACUCAAGUUAAUGUUGAUUGAAAAAUAGGUUGAUUUUCUGUA